GCCAGUUCUAGCUGUCUUCAGUUUGGUGUUCGUUCCUAUCUUCAUCACUUCUAUGAGGAGUGUUCUUCCUCCAUGUGGGACAAAAACCCCGAAGACGAGGGGGUCGUUCAGAGCCAGAGGAAGAACCUGAGGUGGAGCGCAGCCGUUUUGAAGGUGUCCAUGGCCUUCAGUUUCCUCCUCCUGACUGCAGGCAUCACUUCUCUGUCUGUCGGUUAUUCAACUCCCCAUAAAAUGGAGUCAUUCGGAGAAGGAGACUUGUUCUUCGUGGACAAACAGGCGGUCAGUUUCAACAAAAGCCUGAAUAUCAGCUCCACGGCAGGGAUAUGGCUCUCCUGUCUGGGUUCAGCUCUGUUAGUGAUGGGGGUUUUUGUUUGGAUCCUCCAGAGGAAAGCUAACUUGAAGGAGAAGCUGUUCUAUAAACAGGGGGAACGAAGAGGGGAUUUGGGGUCCAAAUGGAGGGGAUUUAGAGACCUAAACGUGGACGUGGUCACUAAUCCAACAGGUGUUGAAAAAGGGGAGAUACCCGUCACAUUGUCAAAAGUGGAAAAGGUGCAGUCCACUUCUUAAAGGUCUCCUAUUAUACUGUUGUUCAUCAAUAUAUCACAGGUCUCAGAUAUAUCCAGAGCCUGUCUCUGAUUGGCUGAAACACCAACAGAUCAUUGCAGCAUUACCCAUAAUCCCCUCUGUUUCCAGUAGCGUGGCGUGGGGGAAAAAAUUAGGGGAAGCC